CUCCCGUUCUCCUAACGUGUCAGUGGAGUCCGAAUGGUGAAUUAAAAACAAGAAACCUGUCAAAUAACAACACAAAUGAAGCCGUAACGUCGCGCACGAGCUUUGGUUUUAAACAACAACAUAAAAGGUGGAGAAACAAUGGAGAAUAUUCAAAGUCUUCCAAUCGACAUUCAGACCAGCAAACUGUUAGGUGAACGGAUCCACAGGUAUCACGUUGAAUCCUCCUGCGUCCACAGACUGGCUGCUGGACCGACGUCACUGUAACCUCACGUGGCAAAACGCAGUGAAGGGGAUCAGGGAGAAGAUCAAUGUGGCCAUCCAGGACAUGCCAGAGAACGAGGAGAUCAAGCAGCUUCUCUCCGGCUCCUACAUUCACUACUUCCACUGCUUGAGGAUCGUGGAGAUACUGAAGGGAACCGAGGCGUCCUCCAAGAACAUCUUCGGCAGGUAUUCAUCUCAGCGGAUGAAGGACUGGCAGGAGAUCGUGUCCCUUUACGAGACGGAUAACGUGUAUUUGGCGGAGGCGGCCAGCUUGCUGAGUCGCAACGUGAGCUACGAAGGCCCGGCCCUGAGGAAGCAGCUGGCCAAAGCCCAGCAGCUGCAGCAGGAGCUGAGCCGGCGGGAGGUGGAGGGCCAGAGCUCCGCCGCAGACCUGAAGGAGCGCUACUACGCCGCCUGCAAGCAGUACGGCAUCACGGGAGAAAAUGUGUCUCGUGAGCUUCAGGCGCUGGUCAAAGACCUGCCAGCGGUUCUUGAGGAAGUCGGCAAAGAUGCAGCGAAGUUAGAGGAGCAGAUACGACUUUACACCGCCUUCACCAACUUCGUGUGUGAUUGGUCUGACCCGGUGCUGCACAUGCUGACGUUCGGCCAGAAGAGAGGAAACGCGACGUUUUACGAGUGGAGGACGGGGAAAGUCCCCGAAGUUAUCGAGAGGCCGGACGUGGAGGAAGCACCUCCUGAUCCGAUCACAGACGAAGCGAUCGACUGGGGCGACUUUGGCAGCGGCGCCGACGCUCAGGGCGUCGACUCUGAGGACGGAAUAAACUGGGGCAUCAGUCUGGAGCCGAGCUCAGAGGACGCUGCUGGUAUCGACUGGGGAGACGGCGACGCAGCUCCCGUAGAAAUCGAAAUCGUGGACGCGGCCGCCGACUGUCCCGAGGGUGUGGCGAGAGGCGAGGACGCUUUGUCCGUACUGGAGAACUCCCAGUCACGCAGCCAGUUCAUCGACGAGCUGACGGAGCUGGAAACGUUCUUAACGCAACGCAUCGCUGAGAUGGGCGAGGAGGGCGACGUGGUGGCCAUGAGCCAGUUCCAGAUGGCGCCCUCCGUCAUCCAAGGCCAGUCUCGGGAACACGUCCGGGAGAUGCUGUCCGUGGUGCAGGACCUCCUGGUCCGCCUCACCUCCCUCCGGAUGCAGCACCUGUUCAUGAUCCAGGCCUCGCCGCGGUAUGUCGAACGCGUGUCGGAGGUGCUGAGGCAGAAGCUGAAGCAGGCGGACGUUCUGCUCCUGAAAGGUGCCACCAUGGUGGAGAAAAGACAGGAAGCCCUGGAGGAGCAGUCCAGACUGGAGCCUCGCGUCGACCUGCUGGCAGGAUGCACCCGGGAACUCCAGAAAAUGAUCGAAGCCGACAUUUCGAAGCGAUACAACAAAAGGCCCGUCAACCUAAUGGGGGUUAAUAUAUAGUGAAAAUCACAAUAAAAGUGGUAUUUAUGUGGAAGUCUCGUGUGUUCUUUACAUUUUCUGGAGGAACAAGAGAAAUUAGACAUUUAAGUGCUUGUGAGAAGAUGAAUCUUUUUAUGAAUGUAUCCACUGUAUGAUUGGUUGAACUUGAAUUUACUGCAUAAAUCUUUUUUAAUUGAAUUAAUAUCAACUUUUUUACUUCAUUGGAAUAUGCAUCGUAACAAGAACGCAGGUGACAAAACCAAGAUGUGCAUUGCACUUUUAUUAUUAUUCACAAAACAAAUAAAGGACCUGUAUACUAAAAAAAAGUAAGUAAUUUUAAAUAUGGGAAAGAUUUAGAAGAAAAAAAAAAAACGACCAGAUAAAACUAGUUGCUUGGCAAUAACUUCUCACAGUUUAACGUAACAUUUCUGGAUUCUAGCUUUACUACAUGAUCGGUUUGAUUAGUUUCAUCUGGACUACUGUCAUAGAAUAGAAAAAACAUUUGUAAAAUGGAAUAAUGUACUUCUCUGAAUUUGUUUUUGGGACGAAAAGAACAAUAAAGAAGCUGUUUGUUUGCCACA